UGAGCCUUGGACUGAGUCGGAGUUGGUCUCGUGGCAGCUGCUGCUGCUGGGCCAUCGGGCUUGGAUUAGACCCCGAACCGGAGCAGAACUUUGGAAUUGUGUCCUGAGAGCGGGCCCAGGGAGCUCCCUGGAGAAGGGGGCAGGGAAUCCAUGGGACGGACACCCCAGGUCAGGGCGCUGGCACCAGGCUCACCGAGGCCAGCAGUUUGCCAAUGACCGGGACCUGGAGGCCCCGCUGAGCAGUAGAGGUCAGAGACCCAAUGCCCUGCGGGGGGCAGAAGCAGACACACUCUGCGGUCUGUUCUCAGGACCAUGCUCUGGAUUUUUGUCGUUUUCUUGAUAACACAACUGCCCCAUUCUGAAGCUGUAAAAUGCUACCCAGGCGAAUAUGAAAUAAAUGGCGAAUGCUGUCCCAUGUGCAGUGCUGGGACUAGGGUGGUCAAACAUUGUAGAGAAAAUAGCAGCACAACUUGCAUGCCAUGUGUGGACGACACAUAUACAGAGCAUCCCAAUGGCCUAACGGAAUGCAUGAGAUGUAAACUGUGCGAUGCAGGAGCCAGACUGAUAAUAAAAGAAAAAUGCUCAUAUACGAAGAACACCAUGUGCGGCUGCGCCCCGGGGGAUUUCUGCAGGCACAUUGCAGGCCUGGACUGUGAAAUGUGUCGUCCCUCCACCAUGUGCCUGCCUGGCUCUAUGGUGAAAGAACCUGGCACAGAAUUCCGUGACAACGUAUGUGAGGUUUGCCCUGAUGGAACCUUCUCAGCAACCAAGAUGUCACGCGCCUGUCAGCCAUGGACCAAGUGUGAAGAGGAAGGGAUGACAGAACUAAAGGCCGGGACAGCCACUUCUAAUGCCGUUUGUGUACAAAAAGGCCUUUCUGUCAAAGCGAUAGCAUUGAUAAUUGUCCUUCCAGUGUUACUUGUACUUCCAGUGGCUGGAGUAGUGGUCUUUUUAUGGCGGAGGAAGAAGAGGAAAAGUGAGCUAACACCUGCACAGGAGACAGGGGAUCCGUCUAAAAGACAGGCAGAGAGAACUUUGUUGCAGACUUCAGAGAAUGGGACUGAAAACAUGCCUACUCAGGAACAAUGCCAAUGACAGAAGUUCCACCGCAAACAGAAAACCACCUCCACGAGAGGCGUACAGUUCUUACCGCUGAUCCUUUUGCGGUGAUGUGCAAGUGGAGACGUGUUCUUCCUGUGAAAAAAGCUUUUAGCCUCCAGAGAAUAUCCCACAGUGCCUAGGGUGAUCACUCUGGCCAGCAGCUCUGAUGCUCUGAGGCCAGGUAAACCGAUGUCUGCCCCUCCCCCUGUAAAGCCACGGGAACUCCCUUUCCUGUUUUGUUUGCAAGUGCUCAUCUGGCCAAGUAACCUUGGCUGCUCCACAGAGCGAAGGAUCGCCCGCUUGGACCCUGUGCUUACCCCCACUUACCACAAGACCUAUAGUCAAAAUGGGGAGAGCUGCACUGUGGGAUAGCUGCCCUCACUGCGCUGCUCUCAUUAGGGAUGGAAAUGCUGCAAAUGUAAACACUCUCUGACGCCUGUGGAAGUGAGUAUAGAAACCAGCACUUUUCUUUCACCGAUUCCCUAUCACCGGUGAAACUGUCAGUGCAAAAACUCAAGUGUAACCAUACCUUCCACGAACACUUACCUGGUAUCCAGGACUCUCUACUGGACCAGUUGCUCUGAUGACUAUACUGGACCAGGUGACCACGUAGUCAACGUGGAUUUUAUACAUAGCUUUAGUUUUAUAACAGGGCCACAGAGAUGUUGUAUUGCUGUAAAUAUUAACUCUUAAUAUACCUUCUCUCUGGGUGAGAUAAAAUCACAGGUAAGAAGCAUGGUUGGAAAUAAAGCUAAACCUUUUUAAUA